GAUAUCGCAUUCAGCGGGUUCCGAAUCCACCCUCCUAAACAGGCCCUUCAUCUUGGGCUUUCACCCCACACUCAGCUUAUCCCGUCAUCCCAACUUCAUGGUUUUGUGUGAGCGGACAGUGAGCGACGAUGGUGCAGGCUACUGCUCUGCUGAGGCAGUGUCCCAGACUCAUAGGUUAUCCAAUCACAACAACUACAACAAAAACUACAAUGAAAGCCAUUCUUCAUCAUCUCCUAUCUUCCUCUCUCUCUUUCAAAACCGACUCUUCUUCUUUCCCCGUCUCCAUCUCUCCUUUUUCAUCUCGCGCCAUCCAUCCCCGAUCUAAUGGCCUCAGUUUGCCUGAAUCAUCACCAGACCUCCUUGAAGAUCAAUACGCCCACUCCGAUGAUAACCUGCCCAAUAAUAAGAGCCGCAACGAGAAGAAGCGCGAGGCCCGCCGUGCUGUCCGCUGGGGAAUGGAGCUAGCCAACUUCUCCCCUCCUCAGAUCAAACGCAUUCUCAGGGUGGCUUCUCUUGAGAGGGAGGUUUUUGAUGCACUCAUGUUAGUGAAGAGAUUGGGCCCGGACGUCCGAGAAGGGAAACGGCGACAGUUCAAUUAUAUAGGAAGAUUGCUGCGGAAAGUUCAACCUGAGUUGAUGGAUUCUCUAAUCCAGGCCUGGAAAGAUGGUGAUGAAAAGAAGCUGCAGAAUUUCUCUGGUCAAGAGAUGUGGACCAUAGAAGAGGAUGAGGGAGCGGAAACUGAAUAUGAUGAGGGGGAAGAGGUAUCUCAUGGCUAUGUUAAUGUUGCAACAAGAUGGUUUGAUGGCCUAGUUGACAGGGAUUCAUCCAUUACAAAUGAAGUAUAUUCAAUUCACAAUGUUGAAUUUGAUCGACAGAGAAAAAGAAAAGAGAAGAAUCUCAGAUGCAUUGUACUAGAGAACAACAUUUUUUAUUUGAGUUACGAAAACUGGUUCGGAGAGUACAGUCUAUGCAAGAACAUCAGCUUGCAGAUGAAAAGGGUGAAGAAGAUGAUGCUACUUUGAUUCGUGCAAAGAAGUCUCUCAUUCAUUUCCUUCUUGUGCUUGCAAGGCAGACGUUGGCCACUGAGUAGAUAUAAUCAUAUUUAUUUGUUCUCAUAUUAAAUUAAUGAGAUGUUACGUCAGUCAAUCAGUAGGAAAGCAUCAAGUCUAAGGCACUGAUUGAAGGGAUAUUAGCAAUUGUUUUGCCUUGUCCUGUACACCAGAUGUGUCUGUUGGCUGUCUUCUGUACUUUCCAAAGAAGAAAUGUGAAGGCCCCUCUAGAGGGGAGGAUCUUGAAUUCUAACUGUGGGCAAGUGCUGUGCGAGAUCUGUGUUGUUCAUCAGGUGAGCUCCCACAGAUGGGGCUGGUCCACCCAUGUGGUGUUCCACACUUGUGUGUUAUUAUAAACAUGGGCCAUUGGUCAAUUUUCUAAGUACAUUUUCUUCA